AUGGUCAGCAUGCGCUGGAGAAAAGAACCGCCGUCUCCGGACCUUCCCGACCAUGAUUCCAGUGAGUAUGAGACCCCACAGACCCUGCUAGCUACAGUGGGCGAUGCUAACAUGUCUCUGUAUCCACCACCACCACCACCACCACCACCACCACCACACCACAACCCCCUCUCUAACACAGACGAACCUCUGUCUACAGAAGAACUGGCGACCCUGGACCAUGGACUAGGAGCCUCACACCACGCAUAUCCCACGCCGUCAUCCAACCCGUCUCGAGACCAGCUCACCAGCAACAACAAGACCCCCCACACCAUCUACUCGGUCCCCAACGCUUCCGGCUCUCUCACGGUCAACUCCCUGCUGUCAGUCCGAGCCCCCGAAACAGUCACCAAACGCAAGUCGCAAAACUCGCUCGCCAAGUCCUUCCGUAGGGUUUCUUCCGCAGUGUCGUUGUCAAAAGGAGACAAGGAACGGUCGUCUUCGUCAGCGUCUGCAGCAGCUUCAGCAUCAGAUACCUCUCUGAGUUCUCCUACGUACACAAACGGAAGCGCAAACGGCUCCAGCAGUCGAACCAACCUUGUCGGUGUACCUGAAACAAAACCCAAGAGUAGACAAAGCUCUCAAGUGAACAUUCCUCCUGUUCCUCCGUUGCCCAGCAGUAGCGGUAGCAGUAUUAACCUGAACGGUAACCAAGGCAGCAGCAACAUCAAUAGCAGCAGCACCUACAACGGCUACCUCAACCCCAUCUACAGCCACACGUCCGACAUUUCGCCCAAUACUUCGACAGCAAACAUCCCCACAAUUAUUCAUCCAAACUCGGACACAAACACAGGCGCAAACCCGAUUCGACCCACUCACUCUAACAUGUCGUCUCAUAGUGUCAUCAGUGCACUUAGCAAUGCUAACGAGAGUGUCGACUCGUUCCAGUCAGUCACCCAAGACUUUUCCGAGGUGGUUCUUGUGCCGACCAACAAGAGUAACGGCACUUCUCCGCUCCCCACUUCUGCUUCUCAAUUUGCUCGGUCGGUUAACUCAACCAGUUCGGCCAACACAAGUCCCGUCAAGGCAAGUCCGGUGAAGCAAGAGCCGCACAAGCAGUACCAGGGCCAGCCUAUCCCCCAGCUUCAAUUUCAGGCCGGACAAUUUCAUGCUCGACAGUCUCAUCAGACUCAGCAGCCUCGAGAACCUCAAUUUGAGCCUGCCCACCCACAGGUCCCGUUGGCCCAGCAGCUCCAGGAUGCCCAUCAGCCUGCUCCUGUGAAUACCGUCCAGGAGAAGGACCGUGAUAUAAACGGAGUCAACAGCGCCGACGACGACUCAGUGUCAGUCGAUUCUCCUGUCGAUGACGAUCCUGCAGUGCAGUCUGCAGUUGAGUCUGUCCAGUCGCGUGUCGGAGAGUCGCAGCAAACCAGGGUUCCUCAGUCACUAGCACAGACUCAGCCAUCGCUGGCACAAUCUCUGGGCCAGACUAACAACCAGGCCAUUCCCGUCCGAUCGGCCAAUAAGGAGUUUAUGUCUUCGGUAGCCCCUGCGGCUCCCACCGUAACAGGCUCCUCUUCGCGACCCUCUCUGGCUGCAGCAAUGAGGGGUGGUCUAAGUGACACACCUGCGAUCCCCAUGGCUGCCGCGACCACCGCAGUUUCGUCCAUGUCGCCCAAGAGCCAGAACUCGAUGACCGAGUCUGUUUCGGCUCUUUCCUCGCCUGCCUCUUCCAUGAUCUUUGAACGCAACGUGCAGGAGUUUUCUGUGGCUGCUACGAGCGCCGGAGCAUCAUCGUCCAAGAUCUGGCACAACCACGACAAUACCCACUACCACGGCGAAGAUAGGGUUGCUCCGGCUCUGGAUGCGUCCACGGAGGCCAUCAUCAACUCCAAGGUGAAUCCCGAGGACAUUGAUGUCAUUUCGCUGCGUAGACCGUCGUCAAUUCGAGCCAGAUCACCCACAGAGGCUUCUCUGAACUCUCUGUGGUCUCCUGGCAGCCCCACAAUGCUGCAGGAUGCCUCCUCGGGCGGUCCUCGAACACGCAACAAUUCCAUGAGCGUACAUCCACUGACUGCGAGCCAUACGGGUGGUUCCCUAUCUCCCGAUAAACUCAACGGAGGAGACGGACGGCAGGUGCUGUCGUUCUGCUCGUUUGCUGAUGUCGUUCAUACAGAAAACGAGGAGACUACGGCUUCUAGUGAUAGACUGGGCCGGUUUGAUACGCGGUCUCAGUCUGCGCUGAGAUCUCCUUCUCCUCUGAUGCGUCAGCACCAUCCUGUCAGCCCCUCUAUGGCGGAGUCUGUGGUGGCAGAUUUGAAGUUGACGAUCCCGCCGUCCCGAAGUGCCACUGUGGAUUCCUUGGACUCGGAGAGCCCGAUUGUGGUUUCCUCGUUUGGAGAGACGAUUAGGAGGAGGACGAGUGAGCUGGGGUUGUAG